AUGGCCUAUACCACUGCUUGGCUACAACCCGUGCGGGGCGUCCAGACCCUCUUUGGCAUUGCCGUCUUCGGUCUGAUCAUCUACAUCCUCGCGGUCUACAAGUAUGAUGCGGUCACGAAGUUGAUGCUCUUCAACAGCAUCUGGGCUGGCUUUGUCGCGACGCCCUACCUCGCCUUGGCGCCGGUGCACUUCCCCCGAAUCGCGCACUACCUCGUCAUCCCCGUGGUCGAGGCAAGCACCUUCAUCCUGUGGCUGGUCGGCGUUAUCCUCUUGGGCAUCGACCUGCCAUCGGCUGGGAACUGUCACUUUGCCGCCUGCGAAGCCACCCAGGCGGCGGUCGUCCUAUCGGCCCUGGAAUGGUGA